CGCGAAAAAAAACCGCGCAGCAGCCACAUUUGAAUAUACACAAGAGGCCGAGGCAGCCAAGCGCACAGAUCACUUGUUUGACUUGGUGGCGGCUGUUGGUCCCAUUCACAUUCCGGCAUCCGCGUGGUUCACCAACUUCUUGAGACCCCGAGAGUCGAGAACCGAAAACCGAAAUCUCCGUGAGGACGACAGACGCUGGACACAGUUGCGGUAGAUUGUGAUCGGUUUGUUGUGACUACAGUUUAUUGCAUUGUCGAGAAGCUGUCGGAAUGGCACUCCCGUAGACGAGUGGAGAGGUGUUCAAAUUUGAGAAGCGUUCGGACAUUGAGGCCAUAGCAAAAGGUGAAGAGGUUGCUAAUUUUACGAGUGUUGGGUGAAAUUGAAGAGAGAGGGAGAGACACACUAUCGGAACAAUUGCUGGACAGUGGGGUCAGAGAUUUGUGUGGUUUUAUUUUUGGGACAGUGGGAUAGCAGCAUACCUCGAAGAAUUCGUUGUGAACUGAAGUUAGUGCUUAAAGUGCGCCAGUGCCAAACAGAUGCAAAAAUGAGUCUAUCCAGGAGAAGUUCAACAUCCGUGCUAGUGUCGUUUGGCUGUUGCCUACUAUUGCUAACGCAAGCCAUCGUGACAGUGAAGGGUCAUGCCCUUCCGGAACCUUCCGAGCAAAACUUACAAACUGAUAGCAGUGCGCUGAAUCUGGUGGAAGCCCCUGUCUUGGACCAGCAGCAGCCAAGUGACAGUGAAUCGUCGGCGGUUCAACCGCAGCCCAGUGCCAGGUCACAAAAUGCUCAGACCCGACAGUUGGAUCUAGAUCGAAUGGAUUCGCUGUCCCAGUCGAGUGCCAGUGAAAUUAUUAGGAGUAAACGGUGGAAGUUGCAGAAAAUUACACCACCGGGACGGAGUCGCAUCAAUAAUCGGUCAAUGACUGCCUUCAACGAGAUGGAUAGUUCCGAGUAUAACGAAGAUCAGCCGCUGAAUGAGCCAUCUCACCGAUACUUCCAUCAUCAACCGGUGGCCCGACACUGGAAUACGGCCAUGCAGGUGCACAGGAGAUCGGACACCGUGGAUAAUGACUUUUCCGAUGAGUCAAGGACGCUGGACGAAGCACGCUUCAAGAAACAUAAGAAGAAGAAACACGACGAGGAUAUCCUGGAACAACUUCUGCAAGAUGAACUCGAAGCCUCGCUAGAGGAACUGGACGAUGACGACGACGAUGACGAUGAUGACGACACCAACCCGGAGGCCCGUUUCAAGAAGAAGAAGAAGUUCCACCUGAAGCACAAGUACAAAAAGUUCCUGCUGCCGCUGCUGCUGGCCUACAAGCUCAAGUUCAUGAUGAUGUUCCCGGCCAUCGUGGGAGGUCUUGCGCUACUGGUCAAGGCUGCCGGUUUGGCUGGAUUCUUCUUCGCUCUGUUCGCUUCCGUCGUGAGCUUGCAAAAGUCCCACUAGAGCGGGAAACGGCCACAGGAAACCGGACCCUGAGGAGAAGCAGGAGGAUGAUUGCGAAUCGUAUGAAUGAAUGGUGAAGUGCUGUAUCCAGAGUGCUGUGGAUGGUUUGUUUUGUGGUGUGUAUUUUUAUUUGACAGAGAGAUGGACGAAAGUAAAAUGUCUGAUCGUGGGCACGCAUGCGCGCGUAUGAACUUAACGAGAGGAACAUCGAGAUCCGAAAAAAAUAAGACAAAAGUUGAUCUAUGACGAUUCGAUGACGACGGGAACCAGUGAGCGUGAAAUUGAGACGACCUUGAUUGGUGUCUCCGGGACCAGGAGCGAACGUUACGCGAAUGGAGAUCAUCGAAAAGGAAAAUGCUGAAGUGAAUUUGUGUUUUAUGUUUCUUCUAUUUAGUUUUCGUUUUUAUGAUUUUUAUUUUUUGAAUGUCGACAAUCUAUGAGAGUGAGCAAAAGCGCCAAAUGGACGAUUUCAGGCUCAGGCUGAUUCGCAGCGAUGGGAGAAAUUGCUGAUUGGAGCGUAGAGACAAUAUGUGGUCACAAUUGUUGCUAGUUGAAACCGUUUCUAGUGUAAGUUAUUUAUUGUCAGUGUUAUUUAUAGUAGCCUAGCGAAACGAUGACCAUAUAAAUGUAGAUAAUUUAUUGUCCCAAACGUGAAACAAA